CCCAAGAUGAUAGGGAGAAUGGUUAGUUCUUUUCAAUAGAAAUGAUUGGUAGGUGAGGCCUUGGAGGUCGGGUAUAUUUCUGUUUUCAUGUUGAGACAGGAUCUCAUGUCUCCCAAGCUGUCCUCACACCAGUUUUGCAGGUUCACCUUGAGCUUAGAUCAUCCUGCUUCUACUUCACAAGGGCUAAGAUUACAAGUGGGGCCCCCAAGACCUGUGAAGACAGCACUAGUCAUUGAACCCAGGAUGUGCUACAUGCUAGGCAGUCACUCUGCCAACUAAGGUAUGUCUACAGCUGUUGUCUUGAUUUUCCCACUAUUCUUUAUUUUCCCCCAAUAGGCACUGUAACUCACAGAGGCCUGUAGCUAACCCUGCAUUGCUGUCUUUGGUGCAGAGUGGAGAGCACCACACUCAGCCUGGGGGCUUUUUCACUUGGUGGAUUCCCUAGUUCAGUUUCCUCUGCUAACAGAUCAUCACACGUUGGCCAGCACCCUCAUGGGGGUAUUCCCUAUGUGCUGUGGAAUCCCAGGGCAACUUUCUAAAGCUAAGCACAUGGCUUCCAUGACUCAGGAUUCGCUUGCUCAUAUUGAUGAACAGAGUGAUUUUGAAGUAAGAAUGAGACAUUUUCAACAUCUUUUGAAGGAAAAGCUCAGUUCUCAACAUGGGAAGUAUGGCCUUCCAAUCAAGCUAAGGGAACUCUGGGUUUGGAAGGAGGAGGUGCUGAAUGGAUUCCUCUGUGUUCCCAGAGAGGCUCCUGGAUGGGGAAGCUGGGCUUCUGGUCAUUUCAGGACAGCUAAGCAGGGUGGCAAAGCCAUCAGCAGUCUCUUCCCCAGACAGUUCUACUGUAUCCCGGAGAUUCUUGGCAUUCCAUGUGAUGUCACCAGUGUUGUAGCAACACCAACUGCCCUUAGGACAUUCCUCGGUGCCCACAGGGUACAGCAGUAGUCAUGUUCUCAAGACUGAGGAGUCUAAUUAGGAGAGCGGAUGGAGAACGUCCAGAGAACAGAGAGAGGCAGGAGGAAGCCGACGCUCAGUUUGGGCGUAAAGCAGGAGGAAAUAAAUGGUUCUGGCGAAAGCGCAGUGAGUCGUGGGCAGGAGAUGGGCAGCUUGCUGGAAGAGGUGGAUUUGAGGUGGGCCUUCCAGUAACGGGGCAGAGGACCAGGAGCCUCUCAGUAGCUAAUGGACAUCCCUGAUUAUCAUAAUUCCUGAAGGCCAAGGGUUCCAGAACAUUAGUUUGCCCAUCUCCUAAGCCAGAGGCUGACCAGGCCAAGGCUGUUGUGCUGGGAUGUGCUUAGCUGUGACCUUUACUGUGGUUUGGGAUAAUAUGUGGGGACAGAAGGAGACCAGCAGGAGCAGGAAGGGACUAAUGUGUCCCCGUCUUAGGGAGGCAUCACUGCCUCUCGCCCUCUGUAGUUUCCUGUGGGUCCAGUCUCUCUCUCUGACACUAGUCACAAGGGAAGAAAAGUUCUCUGGACAAGACAUUAUGUGCUCAGACUGUACUGCAGAAUUCCUCUGAGCACCUCUCCCUGACAGUGGCCCCUGACAGUGGCUCCCUAGGGUUCUAUGUCAGCAGCUGAGGAUGGCAGGCAGUUCUCUAGUGUAGACAAACAGCUGUCCGAGGUAUGGGAGCAGAGCAGAGACUGGCUGCUCCUGCCAGCUUCAGUGAUCUGGAUUAUCAGUGGGUGACUUGGGGACUCCAUUGACCAUGUCGUGCCCCUGCAUGGCUUUUCAAUUGACAGCCAUGGGCCUGGAUUAACCAGGAAGGAGAUCUGGGCUCCUCACAGCAACCGAGUGCUUAUGCACUAUGCCGUUAUUCUCCAGCUUCUGAAACCCCAGGCAGGCUUCAGAGCUCCUGACCAUGCUGCUUCCUGGGCUGCUGUGAAUACUGUACCUGAAGAGGUGGUGUCUGUGUCCCCUGAGCAUGUGUAGGGAGGCAGAGCCAAGCCCUGGAUGCUUGUGUAGCCACAUCUCUAGAGCGAUGGGAGAGCUGAGGUCUGCAGAGGUAGCAUCUCAACCUGGCCCAAUAAUUUGGGUUGUCACCAGGUUCCAGACAUGGUAUUUCUGUUUGGUCCCCCGGGUGACCUGUCCAUCGUCUGUGUCUUGUUGCUAUGCAAUCUCAUUUGUGUUCCAUCUACCCACAGAUGAUGCUACGGUGCCAUCAUCCAAACCAAGGCCCCGUACCCAGAAACAGAUGCAGAAGGAAAUGGAGAGGCUGACCAGGGAGCUGCAGCUGAUGACCAGCCAAAGAAAUGAGCUGCGAGAUCACGUGAUCUUUAUCACGGAAGGAAAGGUGGAUGAUAGGCCCUACCACCCGCCAAAUCCCCUGAAUGAGAAAGUGAAGCUACAGCACAAACAGGCCUUGUCAGCGCUAAAGCACCUGGAGGACGAGAACACCGAGGCCUCAGAAAAGUUGAGUGAGCUGACCAAGGAGACAGUCCUGUAUCGUGGUCUCUACAGCCUGAUCCUGAUGCAGCAUACUCAGCUGGAGAAGAAGGUGGACCUGCUGAGGCAGGAGAAGAAGACACUGCGGGAUGAUUGGGUCCUUCUGAUGCACCACGUAGAGGACUUGAAAGUGCUCUGUAAGACCCAAGAAGGGAACAGUGACGUCAAAACCCAGCAGCAACAGGAGCUCAAGGGAUUGGUGGAAAGACUUCAGUUCCUGCUGAGGCAGAAGGAAACAGACACCCAGAGAAAGGACUUAGCAGGAAAGCCGCAGCAUCACUUUGGGCUCUCCCAGAUGAGGUCCAAAAAACUCCAGCCUAAGGUGGAAGAGACCACAACCCAGGAUGAGAGCCACUUGCCAAAGGAGCCGCUACAGGAAGAGCCACCUGCUGAGCCCCAUCCCCAACAACUACUGAAUUCCGGGGAUCAAUUUUAUUCUUCAAAUUUGGAUUCCAUCAUGGAAUAGGCCUUGAGUAUGUCUAGCCAGUGACCCAGCAUAGCUGCUUCUGGGUCUUGAUUUCCUUUCCUUCUUGAUAACACCCCCUGAGAGAACUGAGGAAGCCAAAGGAAGCCACAGACACCUUGAAACCAUCACAUACUUCACAUUAGGAUCAAGGCCUCCAGACAAAAAGACGCUCCUUGUCCCUGUGAACUCACCAGUGAAGGAAAUACCAGCUGCCCUCCAGGUGGUCGUGCCAAAUCUGAUCCACGUGUCUAUUGAUUGAGUUCUCAUGAAGAAAAAGCAUCAAAACCAUGCUUGGGGUACAGAAAACCAGAGACAAAAGUUACUCUAAACCCUACAUCUACCAGCAAUGGCCUCAGCCUUUGGGGGGGGGGACACAUGACAUAUUAACUCCAAAAGGAGAUUGACUACAGGCAUCUUGAAAAAGCUAUAGCAAGCUGACAGCUUUGCUAUCAUGUUUCUGAGGCAAGCCACAGCCUGUAGUAUUCUGUGCUAUUCAAUCUGCCAUGACAGAAUGCUAAUUAGCUUAAUUUUUUGUUCGGUUUUGUUUUAGGUUUUUAUUUUUGGUUGUUUCAGUUUGGGCUUUGUUAUUUUGAUGUUAUCUAUUCUUGUUAUUGAUUUUCAUAAUUUGCUAAGGUUAUUAUUCAGUGUUUAUCUUGAAACCCUGUUAGAGCCCCCUUUGAGCAAAAUGUAUUUUUAUGAAUAAAAAAGCAAUUUCCAAGUCUUCACACUUAAA